AUGACACUUGAAAACUUCACUGACUUUGUCUUCUUAGGACUUUCUGUCAGACAGGAUGUACAACAGGGCCUUUUUGUGUUUUUCUUACUUGUUUAUGGCAUAACUGUAACUGCUAAUCUAGGGAUGAUCCUACUGAUCCAGCUGGACUCCAGGCUGCACACACCUAUGUACUAUUUUCUGAGCAAUCUGUCUUUCUGUGACAUCUGCUACUCCUCCACUGUCUCUCCCAAGAUGCUGGCUGACCUCUUAUCUGACCAGAAGAGGAUUGCUUAUAACUUAUGUGCUAUUCAAAUGUAUUUUUUCGGGGCCUUUGCAGAUAUUGAAUGUCUCAUGCUGGCUGUCAUGGCCUAUGAUCGUUAUGUUGCCAUCUGCAAUCCACUGCUCUAUGCUAUUGCUAUGUCCAAGGAGGUCUGUACCAAGCUUGUGGCUCUUGUCUAUGUGGUAGGAUUUGUGGAUUCAGCUAUCCACACCUGCUUGACAUUCAGACUAACAUUCUGCAAUUCAAAUGUCAUCAACCACUUUUUCUGUGACAUCCCACCCUUGCUGGCCCUUUCCUGCUCAGAUACGUUCACCAACGAGAUAGUGAUGUUCUCAUUCAUUGGCUGUGUGGUGGGCUGCAGCAUUGUCACUGUAUUUCUCUCCUAUUGCUACAUCAUAGCUACCAUCUGCAGAAUGAACUCUGCUGAGGGCAGACGCAAAGCAUUUUCCACAUGUGCCUCCCACCUCAUGGCUGUGGCCAUUUUUCAUGGAACUCUGCUCUUCAUGUACUUCCGACCCAGCUCCAGUUACUCCAUGGACACAGACAAAAUGGCCUCUGUUUUCUACACAGUGGUGAUUCCUAUGUUAAACCCACUCAUCUACAGUUUAAGAAAUAAAGACGUGAAGGGGGCCCUGAAGAAGAUUUUGUAUAAUUUUUGUAUAACUGGGUGCUAG